ACCGAAAGGACUCCAAGACCGAGAGUAAAUGUCUCUUCUCUUCCGGGUCUGCUAAAGGGUCGAAGUCGCCCUCCCACUCUUUCCCUUCCAUGUUGGCGUCGUCCAUAGCGAUGCGAAGUAGCAAAAACAGUGCGAUUCGAGGACCCAAGAGAUCACAUGUCCGUUGGGAAAGGUACGAAGUACGUGGGGUACGUCCGUGCGUUGUGGUUGGUGGGGUGCAUUCAAGCUCACCUCUGCGGGAGCACGACACACUUACACAAUACUAUGGCUACCACAGGCACGAACAGUGACGCGUCACAUGCGCCGAUCGAGAUUUCUGUUCCACUGCCUCUAGCCCCACGAACGGACAUCAACAUAAGACUUCACGACAACGGUCCAAAUAUUACACUCUUCCUCACCACGUCCACACCUGAUGCAGCCUCCUCAGUACCUCUGGGCUCAUUGGUGUAUGCUAUGCCAAAUAGGGUCACACCAACCCAACCGCUCAGCACACCUCUCUUUACUCACAGCGCGACGCUCGAUUUCACGACACGCCUGUCUAAGCUGCUCGCACGCAGAACCGGCAAACCAAUCUACGUCAGUAGUUCGAUGAGCUUCGUGAAUGCCGGCAUGGGAGGCACAGUCGAAGAAGAGAUGGAAGGCUUCAAACGCGUGUUACAAGUCGUCAUGAGCCUGUUGAACAAGGAGAGCGAGACGGCGAGAUAAGAGACAGAUCAAGUCUUAAUUCCAAUCAGAGAGGCCCUGCAAGACAUCUGACACUUGGAAAGCCACCCAAAAGAACCUGAACCACACUGGAACCAGCGGAACGGCCUUUCUGGAAGGGACAAAAAUUGGCCAUACCUUGGGAAUGGACACCUCGGGUCAAGGCG